CAUAAACAAACUUCUGUUAUCUUGACAUGGCCAAGAACCAACAGAGUUUGAUUCAAUCUCAGAGGCAUGUUAGUUUGUGAAUGCUUGUUUUGAGAUCUCGAGACUCAAGCUCGGAAAACUUUGUUGUGAGUAUUGUGGGUGAAUAUUGGCGUAUCCGCCGCGACACUUGACUGGCAACGCAACUCCUACGUACUUAUUUCGAAUUUUAUCUCCUAUUAUUCAUACCCGUCUCUAAUCUGUCCACCGGCUCUCCUAAAAUGACGAAGUUGAAAUCCAAAUCAAUCGAGUCUCAUAGUUCUUGGCCUUAUGUCUCAGUUUAUAUUUUGUUAAUGACACCAGUGAAAAAACAAAAGAAGAAAUUUACUGAUUGAGAUGUCGUUAUAGAGAAUCAAAGCCUUUAAGUGAAGUUUAUUAGAAUCUUGGAAUUCGGGAUUGGAAAGUCAGUGUGAUGUUGUCACUUUAACUUACGACAAGAGCGCUGGCUCAGAUGUAAAGCUAUAACCCUGACACUCUGUUGCAAUCCGAUCAUCUGUGGUGAAAGACUUCAAGACCAUGUGCUCUAGAGAUAGGAGCUGUCUUGUGAUCAAGCGCGUGAAACAAGAAGCCUCUGUCAGCCGUCCUUCUCUUCAGUAUCGCAUCCAGUAUGUCGACGAAUCUAUGAUCGAAGAGGCAGCAGCGUUUAUGAUUGAACAUCUUUUGCCAAAUGACAACCUUGACAGAUCCUUAGGAACCAUUGACGAUGACGAAGCAAUUGACGAAGCCUAUUCGGAUUGGAAAAUGCUCCUCUCCAAAGGUACAUCCUUGGCAGCAAUAUUAGAAGAUGACGAAGGGCGAAGAGAUCGCAUGAUUUCUUGCAACGUUCUGGAAAUCCAGAAAAAAGAGCAGCCUCCACCUCCAGCAGAGCGUCAACGUCGUCGCUCGGUGAAGCAGCAGCAGUGCUUGCAAACACACUCGGACGUACAAGCGAGAGCCCGGGCGGACAUCUUCACUCUGUACUCGUGCGAGUCCUUCGUGCGGGGCCUCGGGCUGGCGGUCGCCUCGGGCUACCAGCGCCGCGGGGUCGGGCACGAGAUGCUCCGGGCGCGCGCCCACGUCUGCCGCCUCCACGACGCCCCCGUCUCCGCAGCCGUCUUCACCGGCGAGGCCUCCCAGCGGCUCGCCGAGCGCUCCGGCUACGAGACCGUCGCCGAGCUCAACCUCACCACCUACCGCAUCGACGGCCAGAUCGUCUACGCCCGCCCCGAGUGGGCCCUUAUCAAGUGGAUGGCCAAGCGCUACUUCUAGAGAUCCGCCCUUGAAGCCCAUAGAGUACAAUAGAGUCGCUUUCCACCGCAACGCUUCUCUCCCGUACUAAACAAAAACGCCGUAAGAACCUUCAGGCCUUACCAAAUUUCUCCAGAUAAAACACGAAUUUCCCAGAAAACCUAUCAUUAUCAUUGGCGGAUCCA